CGCCCGGCGGCGGGAGCGCGCUCGGCGGCGGGAGCUGCGAUCCCGCCGGGACACGGCCAUGGAGCCCUCGCCCAAAGACGGCGAGAGCGCGGCGGCCGCGGAGCCCGGCCGGGGCGGCACGGCCCCUUCCAGCGGGGUGGUGGUGCAGGUCCGGGAGAAGAAGGGCCCCCUGCGCGCCGCCAUCCCCUACAUGCCCUUCCCCGUGGCCGUCAUCUGCCUCUUCCUCAACACCUUCGUGCCGGGGCUGGGAACGUUCGUGUCGGCGUUCACCGUGCUCUGCGGGGCCCGCACCGACCUCCCUGACCGGCACAUGUGCUGCGUCUUCUGGCUGAACAUCGCUGCUGCCCUCAUCCAGAUCCUGACAGCCAUCGUCAUGGUGGGCUGGAUCAUGAGUAUAUUUUGGGGCAUGGACAUGGUCAUUCUUGCAAGCUACAAGGAACAGGGGAUCCCACAGCAGCUGUAGUAGCUGGGACAAGUAUGGUCAGAGAAACACGGCGAGAGAUUUCCUUUGGCAGCCGUGGGCCACGGACCUUUUCAUUACCCUUUGUCUCUCUUCUUCUCCCUUUUGUUUUGUCUCCUUGUGUCUGCCCGGUUCACCUGCCCGUCCAGCGGAGCGGAGAUGCAGAGCGGCCGGCGCAGACUUGCACUGAUGCCCCUGAGCAGCGGAGAUGAGGCAAGCACGGCUUUGCUUGGGACUGGUCCCGGCCAGCACGCGGUGAGCGGCCGACGAGGAGGAUGAGGGUGCCAGGACAAGGAAACACCCUUGGUGAAGGUGGCACCUGGGCAGGCAGCUGAACCAAGGGAGGCAGAGAUGCUGCUUUCCCUCUGCUCCCAGGGGGAUGUUGCUGAAGAUGUUUUGCCUCCUUUUUAUGCUCGCUGUUAAAGGACGCUGGCUGUGAACAUCAAAUGCCAAGGAGCUAUUCAUAGAUAUUUGUACAGGAUGUAAAAGCAAACCAGUGGUACUCUUUUCCCACCCCGAGAUUCCAUCCGUGACUGCUUUGCAGUAGUGGAGGGUGCAGCCCAGCCCCUUCUGCUGUCUGUGUAUAUGUGAUGUUCACUGAAGCUGUGUCCCCACAGAUGUCUUGAGAAACGUGCUUGCUGUAAAUCGUAUUGUACCGCUGAAGUGACUGGGGCCACUCCCUGCUUCCAUCCGCUGCCACCAUGCAAAGACCAGAGCUCCCAGCAGCCCAGGGACACUUUUCCUAGCACAGGACUGGUGUCCUGCAGCACCUCGCCUCUAGGGCAGCGAGUACAGCUUCGUGCUGCCAAAAGCCUCUCAUAUAAAACAAUACUGGGGGAGCCAAAGAACAAGACUUUUCCUGCCCCUGAAAGGGACUUGCUGGCAGUGUCUCCAUGCUUUGGAAACAGAUCCCCUCAGAGCACAACGAGUGCCCCUGGCUGAAGCAGCGUCCCAGCUCUGCUUCCCCAGGGUAAAAUUAACCACCCAGCGCUUUCACACCUCUUUCCGAAGCAUUUCAGAGGGGAUGACACCUCCAUGGGACUGGACAACUCGCUUCCCUCCCGUGGGAGUUGUGCUGUAGCUGCUGCUGUGAACCAGCCCUGCCUCCUCACCAGCACAGCCCAAGGGCACAGCCCGAGCCCUUCCUCUGGUCCAACGUGCAUGGCCCCCAGCUAUCCCACCACCAUCACCUGCUUUGUAAAUGUACAUGUUUGACAUGUGAGUUUUACAGCUAAAGAGUGAUAGUGGGUAACGAAGAAUAAACGCAGUUGCUUCACCCCCAUCUGCCAGCAAAACAGAACUUUCUGCUGCUCCUCUCUGAUUGUGAAAACCAGGUUUCUUGAAAAAAAAAAAACAAAACUAAAAGAAAACCAAAAACCAAAACAAAAAAAGGGCUUUAAUGAAAUAGUUUCUUGGUACUUGAACCCAGCCAGGCUGAACAACUGAUUUACUACUCAUUGGAAAGCAAUUCUAGGUAGGAACCAACCCAAAUGUGUAGCCAGUCAAAAACCAGCUUCAUUCUGGGUCAGCCCAACCAUUGCAGUGCAGGGCACAGUACCAUUUUUCCAAGUUCAUUGGUGUUGCCAAAUCCAUAUUUACCAUGGAGAAGGUGCUUUGGCAGGUGACCCCCACCCCCCCAGCCUUUUGCCUGGUUGUCCAUCCUUGCUGCAGGGGCUUGGCAUCGCUCUCAGCCAUGGCACUCAGCCAGGAAGGUCAGUGGGGCUCUGUACUGGGAGCAGCUCUGGCACAUGCACCCAUGGGGUCAGAAGUGUUAGAUGUGAGAGGGGACUCCCUCUGUGCCACAUCCCGUGCUUCCCAAGACACAAAGCUGCAUGUUCCUCCCCAUGUGCAUUGACUGGCACACAUUUUAUUAAAGUUCUGCUGGAAAUUGCCCCUUAAGUCUUGCUAUGAGUGUUGUGCUGAGCUCUGUGGACAGGAAGCUGAAGCUCACAGUCCCAGUAUUCUUCAGAGGACCAUUUUAUUCCUUGCCUCCUGCUUGUUCUGGGCUGACCGUGCAGUUCACACACAUACAAACACUCCAACCAGGGUGCAUUUUAUUGCUACCCAGCCCAAACUGCAAGAUACUACCAAGAGUUCCUUGACAUCUAAACCCCAGGUACAAGCAGAGCCUGGCUAGAUCUGACAUUCCUCCAGGAAAAAGCAAGGUUUUCUCCCACAUGCUUGCUAACCAUGGUGUGGAAACACAGCCCUGUAUUUUCCAGCUGACUUUGUUUCACGCUCGCACACACGAUGAACUUUGAAGCAGUGCUGCAAUUUAUUUCCCAAACUGGCACUCAGCAUUCCCAUUCCCCUGUAGGAGCAGCAUGGUGCAAAACCCCAGGUCACCAUCUGAACCAGGGUUAAUUACAGUGAAUCCCACCAGAGCUCAUGCUACCCACAACCCAUCCUUCCUCCUCUUGUCAUCUGUAUAAAUAACUAAGGCUAAAAGUCAAGUCCUGCUUCUCUUGCACCCACCCAACUAGCCAGAGGGAAGCAACAAUGCCCUGUCCCCAUUGCUGGAAUGGUGCAGUGGGAAGUGAAGGUUUUGUUCAGGCUCUAAGAAUGGCAAAGGCCAGAGUAGCUCAAUCCAUUUCCCAGCUCUGAGAAUGCUUUCAACAGGCAGGUGAAAAGGAAUGGCACAUUUUGGCCUGGGAUCAAAACAGGGGCUCACCUCUACCAGCAUUGCCUGGAGCUGAUGGCACUGCUUGCCCAGACACCCAGCAAAAGAUCCCACCCUGACCCACACCCCUCCUUCACCCACCACACACUGACACAGGCACUGUUCCCGAGGCUGGGAGGGGAAUGGCUGGCUCAAAUCUGUGUUCUCCUUGGUUUUGGCCAUGCAUGGGUACAUCAGACUUUCCACCCUAGGAAGGAGGGAGCAGGGGCCUGCCCACCUGUGCCAUUUGCACCUUGCUGGUGAGCCCGCCUUUCAUUUUUGUACUGGAGCCCAAACUGAGGGGUUGCAGAGGACCAUUUGUAUGCCUGUUUAUAUCACUGAGUAUUGGAUUGUGACUUCUUGUGUUUUGAUACUGUGGAUGUUUUUUUUUAAAGUUAAAUAUAUUCUAUUGCUGGACAGCUGGAGCGAAAUGCAGAGUCUCUUUAUGUCACCUGGAGAAACCCCAUCAUCCCUGAUUCCAAAUGGGUUCUUGUUCAUCUCCCACCAGCAAGGUGAUGGAGAGCAUCCAGCAGACGCCAGCUCACACCCACAUCCCCUAAGAAGGCAGGGGCCAGGGCAUGGCUUCCAUAAAGAAUUCAUGACCAGAACCUUUCAGAGGAGCAGAAGGCUGGUGAGGAGCCUUACCUGAACCUCUGGAAUGGAGACAAGGGAGGGGGAAAAACCAUCGUGUGUUCCCUUAUGCACACACCUACCAGCAAUCCUUCUUGACUGGGUUUCGUUUGCAAUUUUAACAUUUUAAUGUGACUCCAGGUGCAUUAUCCCUGUUCCCAGUGAGAGAACAGCCCACGUGCUGUCAGGAGCUUGGCCACAGACACCUGAGCAGAGCUGAACAGGUGGCAGAGCCUUCCCAUGAAAAGCAGCUCUGCUGCAAGGGCCAGCAGCCUGUCAAAACACCUGCACAUUUCAGCCAUCCACACUCCGUGCUCUUCCUGUGAAGUAUAAUGCCACAAAACACCACUGCUCUGCUCCCUCCCCAAGGCCACUGGGGGUAGGAAAAUACAUGGGAGAUCCCAACUGGACCGGGGUGGGGGGGGGGGGGCAAACUCAGAGUUGGUGCAAGACCAGCAAGAAGGGUCUUCUCACACCCCAUGGCUUUGAGGGGUCUGGGAGGUGAGGCAGAAGCUCCUUUCACUUGCCCUACAUUUCUGUUCAGGCUUCAGCCCUCAGCAGAGGAAGCACUUUGGGAUGAAAGCUGAUAUACAGUAGUAUGAUACUAUUAAUACACCCGUGCAGACACACCAGCACGUGGCAAACCCACUGGAGAGAUCUGGGAUAAUUAUCUCAAAGAGAUUUCUUUAACACCCUGAUAAUGGAACCAUUUCAGAAGGGGAGGAGGAAAAUUAGCAAUAAACCACACAAAAGCAAAGUCCAAAACUGGAGCUUGGCGAAGACACAAGAGAAACAGGGAAAAACCUCCAUGCCACAUUUCUGGGCACCCACCUCCUCCAUACCAUGGCCCAAGGGGAGGCCCACAGCCACCACACACAUCUCACCCUGAUUUCAGGGGUCAGCUGGCUCACCCCCAGCGCAGGUGCCCUCAGAGCACAGCUUGGCCCUUGCUGUCACUCCUUUGUGCACCUGCUCUGUGCAGCACAGCAGUGGUGGGUCCAGGGAAACUCCCUUUCCAGCAACCACCACACAACAGGGCCAAUUCCCACCCUCUCCACCUGCAGCCUCCCCAAACCCACUCACCUCCCUACAGCUGCCAUACACCUCUGGCAUAGAUCCAAUCCUACAGCAGCUCUUGCUGGGAGCCCCAUAGGGCUGCAGCCACAGCACCAAUACCACUCCCAGGGUGAUGGGGAGCAGCUGUGACUUCCUGCAUGAUCCAGAGCAAUUGGAGUAACCAGGUGUGUUUUGCAUCAGGCCAUCCGGGGGAGUUUGGGCUGUUGGCUGCUGUUACAAUGGUGGGACAAAAGUGGCUUGUGCAGGAGGGCUGGGGUCAGUCCUGGCUUGCAGCUCACCCCAAAAGGGAGCCAGGCUGUGCCCACCAGCAGUUCUCACUCCUGGCCAUGCAAAGGCAUUGAAAUACACCCCCUGGAUAUUGGAUCAUUUAGAAAUACACACUUAGAAAAGCAUAAUUUCAACUGUAUUCUGUUCAAACUAGCCUGAACAACCAUUAAAAAAAAAAAAAAUCCAAGCAGAGGAGGGUUAUUUCAAGGUGUGCAUGUACUAUCUCUAAAUCUCAAAGUUAUGCAGUCCAAAUCCACAUUCAGAUCCACAUGCAACUAUGAGAAGGUAGCACCUGAUCCUAGGAGAUAAUAUUACAAUUCCAGGCUAUUUCAGAGCUCAUUUCCAUGGGAAAACUGCAGCCCUGUGGAAGAGGAUGUGAGCUGCAAGACUGGCAGGACUGUAUGCUUAUGUCUAGGGCACAUAAAGCAUUGUGCUGCCAGAGAUGUGAAGGGAGGUUGCAAGUUUUUAAGAGACAGGUCUUGCUUCCAAGCCAGCCAGAUGAAUGCCAAAUUCCAGGCUUGAAUUCUGCUGGCAGACAUAAGGCCCACAUGCUGCUGAGCAGCCAGGGCAGCAGAGGGAUUAGGAGCCACUGUCCCUGUAGAGACAAUGUGUGAGUGCCCUGGCAUGCUCAGAGUGCUUCAACCUGCCCUGCUGGAACCUCUGCCCACCAAAGCAGCCACUGUCACUGCCUGUCCCACCAAAACAACCACUGUCACUGUCCCACCCCUGACCAAAGGAUACAAUGGGUUCAAAGGACAGGAUGGCACCAACCUGCCCUGGGGAUGCUCCCUGGGCAGCAGCACUUUGGGCUGUACCAUGCUGGCACACAAGUGCUCAAGAGACAUCCUCUGUGAUCCUUAAUGAUCCCCCUGUAAACCACAGGGCCUGUGAGCCUUCCUGCAAAGCCAUUUCCCAUGGGAAAAGCAGCUGGGCACGUGCAGAAUGUGGCAGUCACAUCGGGGCACGUUUGAAAUGCCUGCUUGGGGCUGAUGAAUGGUGGGAGGAAGCAUGUGGCACCUCGUAGAGCCCACCCACGGGUCCUGCCUUCUCCCCUCACUGUUCUGGAGGCAUAAAAACAGAUGAAGCAUGAAUUAGCACCAGAAAAAGAUACCACGCUGCCAGUGGGAAAUAUUUUUUAGCCACAGAUGCUUUUCAAAGGGGGAAACAUAUCUGUAGCAUCUCUAUCUUGCUACUACAGACUCCUGCUGCUUUUUCUUCUCCCAUUCCCUUGUCUGAGCCAAACCCCAGUGCUGCAAGAAAAGCAGAUCUGUCUGUGUGUGUGCUGGGGGGUGUGUGGGUGUGUGGGUGUGUGUGUAUGUCCCUGCAGAACUUCUGGGGUUCCUGCCACGGAAAGCAGCAUGAAAACCAUCUUGGAGCAAAAGCCCCUUCUGACACAGAGGUUAGUCACUAGAAAUUAAAGUAUUUGAUUUUGUUUCCUGGCCAAGUGUUUGAGUAAAUACUUUUGCGCUUCUAUUUCUCUUUGUGCUCCUUUGUCCUGGUAGUUUCAAGUCUUAGAUUUCUACAUUAGGAAAAGUGUGUUUGAGCACCCUGGCACCAGGCAGUGUGGAGAGGGGGGAGCUAGCCCCAGGUCUUCCAGGUCUGGCAUUGCUAAUACACACCAAAUAAAUGGUAGGAGGCACAAAACCCCAGCAAACAGAAAGCACCAGCCCCGAGAAGGCAGUGCAGCAGUGCCAGAAGUGGGAUGAGCUGCUGAGGCCCCAGCAUUUUCCAGUUUUCUCCAGAGCUGUCCCAUAUGGGACUCACUCAGCAGCCUCCCCUGUGGGCUUUCUCUUGGAUGUGACAGCAGCAGCAGCUCUCCUGAGCUCUCUGGCUGUUCCAGGGUGGAAACACAGUUUCUUAGUUCCUUAGCAGGAACUACUAAGACAGGUGCCCUAAGGGUGGGAAGAGAACGCCUGACUGUCUAAAAGCAACAGCAGCCCCCGGGGCAUCCCCCGGAGCAGUGAAUUCCCAUAUAAAGCCUUCUUUGCUGGAGGCAUCACUCGUGGUGGGUCAGGCACUGGAGGUGCAGGAAUGGCAGAGCUGUGUCCAGUCCCCCACUCUGGCAGGAUAAAGUGUGCAUGGCAGGUCAUCCCUGGGACCCCUGGGACUGCAGGAGCAGCCUGUGACCACUUCCAUGGACUUCAAACUACAUGGCAAAAGAUGAACCAAACCAGCUGACACUACAGCAGGGCCCUGCCCACUUCUCCCAUUUCCCAGGGGUUUCUAAAUUUUCAUUUUUUACACUUCACAAUAACAAAGAACAAAUUUGUAUUUUUUUUUAAGGGCAGGGAGUAAGCGAAACAAACGCUCAAAUGAGAGUGUGAGUGGGAAAGCUGAACCCCAGGGGACAGGGGCUGGGGCUGCCGGGAGGGCUCCAACCCUGGAAUGGCACAGGGAGGAAAGACGUGUUGCCCCCAGCCUGUCACCCCCAGAACCACCCAGAAAGGAGAUGUGGGCAGCAUGAAUCCUUCACCCCUGCCCUGCUCAGGCUGGCUCCGGGAUGGCGCUGGAGAGGGCGUUUAUUAAGGACCUCUCCCGGGGGCACAUCGCCAUCUCCCGGCCCUCGGGGGAAGCGCCGGGAGCCCGCAUCCACCCCACGCGGGACACGGCGUGGUCGGCCGGCAGUCGGGUCUGGUUCUUAAGGUACGAGAAAAGGGGAGCAGAAAGGGGAGCACAGAAAGGGGAGCACAGAAAGGGGAGCACAGCCCUUGUGGGGCUGAGACCAAACGCGAGCUCGUGCCACUGAAGCCUGGAGGGUGCCCCUGCAGCAUCCCCCCCAAAACAUCUCCAGGCAGGACCCUGGAGGUGUCAGGCACACCCACGACAAAGUGGCUGAGGGGAAAGGCCUUCCCAGGCUGAUAGCACCCUCCACACCCAGAUGCUGCUUGGCCACACUGUCACCGCUGCCAUGGUGUCCCCGUGCUCCCCCAGCCAUGCAUCCCCUGCAGCAGCACACGGGCAGGAGCUUUUCCACCGUGGCAACCUCCUCACUCUUGCUUCCCCCAGCCACACUGGGCAGGAGGACAUGGGGACCCUGGGGCUGUUGCCAGGUUUCAGGCUGGGGGCAGCUCUGCAUCAUCCGUGGCAGGGGUAAAAUCCCUCCCAAGGCGCUUCCCAGAGAUCCCCAAAACCCCACCAGCUUGUGCUGGGAACAAAGCUGAGCACACUGUUCGACCCCUGUCAACCACCACACCCACACCCUGCACUUUCACACGCUGGAAUGCCCAGCUGGCCCCCAGCACCCCCUGAUUUAUGGGGGGCUCAUUCUGUCAAGUAGUGCCUAAUCAGACAAUGCUGAAGGAAAGGAGCUGCCCCUCCCUACCUACAGCCUGGGCAGACUACCUUACACCCCCUUACACCUUACACCCCCUGGCACUGCUGGAGGUGCUGGGAGGCUCUGUUCUGUGAGAGCAGAGACCUCAGCAAGGUUUAAAGUUUUCUUGGUUGCAUUAAUACAAGUCCUGGCCUCUCUUCCCUGUAUUGACUUUAUGAAUAAUUUAGUUUAUUAAUGCAUAAGGUGGCAGGGAGCUCUGGGCUUUGCUCUGGGGUAAAGCCAGGUGGGGGGGCUAAGCCAGGCUCUUGCUGUGGCUUGUGCCAAUGGGGACCUGCCCCUUCCAACCCUCUGCAUAAACCUUAGGGUCAGCAGAUGCCAGCACUCAGUCACACGGGUUUUCUUCUCCUGAUUUACUCCCUUUUCCUCUUGAAAGUAAUAGAAUGAAUGUGUCUUUACAGAUCAUGUAAAUCUGCUUGUAGAUAGGGCCAGGGACUUAUAGGUAGGUAAGUAAUGGGAGAAACUAUCAGUUCUAGAAAAUGUUAGCAAUUGACAAAGACUGCUGUUCAGCCAAGGCUGUGUUAAAUUCCUGAACGAAGAGAAGAACAAAGCCUGAAUAGAAUUAUGAAUAUUGUUUUGUUAUAUAUAAAAUUAUAUAUAAAAAAGCGGGGGGGAUGUGCAUAUUACAGACAUACAGUAGGCCUAUUGGGAAGUCUGUACCUUCCAAGUACUUCAGCCAAUGGGAAAGGAAGAGGGAGUUGUGGCCAGGAAAUAAAAGAUAAAAAGGAGGCUGCAUCCUCCAACAAUUUGAAAGACCUCAGGGGAAAUGCCCCAUUGCCUUUCCCUUUAGUCAAAUAAAGUUACAGGACUCCUCUCUCUCCUUUCUGGACUAAACCUCUGGCACUGUGAAUUUUACUGCACACUCUCCACCACAAUGUCAUGGUGUUUCCUCAGCUCUCAAGAGAGGUUCUCACAGAACAUAGUUCUUCACCCUCUAUUUUUGCAUUUCAGGGUGCAGCUGGGUAAGUUUUGGAGGCUUUUGUUUUACUCUGAAGGUAGGAAGAAGAGUCACAUACCAGAGAGACCCCAAAAACUGGACCUAUAAGUAAAACAAGGCCUGUCAGUUCUGCUGGAGUGAGCUCAGCAGUCAGUCAGGAAAUGUGUUUGCUUUCCCACAGCCCAGGAGAGACCGCUGGUGCACAGGCAGCAGCCCCACAUCCAGUGUCCUGCCAGCACUGCCUCUGACCAAGAGGCUUCUGGUCUUCAAAUUCCACACUGCAGGGUUUUUCCUGCAGUUUGUUUUAGAGGAGCCAUGGUGAGCCAGGUCUGGUCCCCGGGCCGGGCUGCUCCUGAGGGUCUGGGCACUAAAUUUGUCUUUCCUAUGGGGCAGCCCACCACCUCUGUGCCAGAACAGCUCCUGCUGUCCUGUGCUUGCACAACCAACCAGGAGGGAAUGGAGCUGCCUCCAGACAGCUUCACAACCUGAUUUGCAGAAUCCUUCACUGCAGAAACAGUCUGGGGGUUUUUGUGGCCUUUGCUCCAAAGCACUCCCUCUGGCCCUGCCCAUAGUGCAGCUGAGAGGGAGAGGAGCAGGGGGAGUGUUUGGCUGUGCCAAGCAGCUCUGAUUCUCCUGGGUGCUUUGGUAUUCUCCAGUGCAGAAAUCACAGGGUGGCACUAAGAAACGGCUCAGUGGGAGCCAAAAACAUUCCAAAAAAAUUGGAGCUGCCAUCAGUGGCCUUCCCUGCAGAAGGGGGAUGGAGGAAUUCAGACCUCUCUGAAGGGUAGCUCCCACUGAGCCUGGGCCUCUCACAGCCCAAGUUCUGCUCUCCCCCUGCCCUGCUCCCUGCAGAGCCACUUCCUGUUUGUUGGGAUCUGCUCCCAGCGCAGGGCCCUUCCCUACUCUUGCUUUUAUGCAGCACUGCUGGAGGCUGAUUCCCCCCAGUCAUGGAAGUGAAAAGCUGUUCCAAGGCUGCCACAAGCUGCACAGGGCAGACACUGACAGCACACCAGGGGAAUGCUUCCCAUAUGCCUUUAUUUGCAAUGUUACAGGACUUUUUUACAGGCACUGUGCGUUGGUGUUCCAGACUGGUUUGGAUUUUUUUCUGUAUUACCCAAUGACCGAGAGGUGUGGUGGGAGCAGGGAAAAUCCCUCACAGCAACCGUUCCAGCUUCCAGGAAAGCAUAAGACAUCUGAGAGCAACAAUCUGCUUCUUCUGAAGCCACAAAGCAAGGAAUCUGGUUUAUAAACAGGCUUAAAAAAUAACGUACAUGUAUAAGAGCAGCUCAAAGCUAAAGUACAGCGGUAAGUGGUACAUAGCUACGCAUAUCUGUUCAUACCCUUUCUCCAAAGAUGGAAAAGGCAUGGCUUAAAAACUAAAAACACAGUUUAAAAAAAAAAAAAAAGAUUCCAUGCAUUAAAUUUUAGUGUUUUGUGCAAUUAAAAUGGGAUGAAAAUAAAUAUAACUUAAAAAAAACCCCAACCUUUUCCAUGACACUAAUGGAACAGAGGCAAAGUCUAUAAGGCACUUCUACAUGGGCUAUUCUAGAAAGCCUGGCAAGGAGCUAAAACAGUGCAACCGUUUACAAUGGCAUCUGAUGAGCAAAAGACACCUGUCUGGUGAGAUAUGAACUGAGUGAAACCUUAGGAAACUUCAGUCCUUGGGAAAGAGGCUUGGCUGCAGAUGGCUUGGUGGCCACCUCCUCCUCCUCAUUGCUGCAAGGGAGGUCUCCCCCAUCAAGGGUGCCAGGGUACCCAUCAAACUAUGGCAGAGGGGCUCUGGAGCCCUGCUCCUGGGGAGUGAGACAGGACAGUGGGUUUGGGGAUGGAUGGAGCAGGUGAGGGAUGCGUGGCUGCCAAGCUCCUGCAGCAUCUCCUGCACUGCACGUUCCUCGACGUGAGGGCUCUCGGUCUGCCACAGCCUGCCCUCCCCGGCAGCCUCUCCACGGAUGACCUUUAGCGCACCAGCCCUGCCGCCACUCGGUUCAAAUGUUCCAGGAAGUUCAAAACCAGCCUCCACCCUAAACAGGGAACUGGGUGUUUUCGCAGGAGCGGGAGCCCAGGGGCCGUCACACAGCUCCCGCAGGCUGGGCAGCAGCACAGCCACAGGCAGCUCUGUGGAAAAAGGGAAAGGCACGGGAAUGCCUGACCCCAGCCCUGUUUGCCAAAGGUGUCUAACCCGGGAGCUGCCUUGCUGCUGUAGCCCUUCACCUCAUGCAGAUGGAAGUUACGGAGAUGCUCCAGGCGGGAGGGUCACCCUGGGCUAGGUGUGAGCGUUGGUGGCACUACACAUGUGCUCAGCUGCUGACAAAAAAGGCUGAUCAACCUGGAUGGCUACUUCAGGCUUCACAGUAGUCCUUUAUAAGCUGUUUUUCCCAGCUAGGGAGGAUUGGAGACCCCAGCUAAGGUAGGCUGGAAGCAGUUCCUAGCAGAGGAGCUGGGGCUCUAGAGAGGAGCCCAAAGUUUUGCUCAGCAGGGCACCCAAGCAUGGGGGACAUGGGUGGGAAGCACCUGGCCAUGGCAAAUACCUGUGCCUGACUACAUGGCUCUGCAGCAGGAGGGAAACCCUUGCCCUGCAGUGCCACUCAAAAAUUACUGAGCAACCUCUACAAGAUGUCUUGAGCACAAAUUAAACCCCAAAUCUGCCCUUCUAGCAGCUCUGAAGGACUUGGCACAGCCAGCUCUCUGGGCUGAAAGGUGCUGGCAGAGACAAUAAGGGGCUCCCACUGCAGUGUCCUUCACCAUCUCCACACCUUGCUCACACUCUCUGACUUCCAGAGGGUACCGGGCACAGUCAUGGAGUGUUUUCAGGACAACCCUGAUGCAGGAAGAGGCUCCUUCCUCCACCAGCCCUCUUAACAUCAGGCUGAGCGAGAGACAAAAGCACGACAGGCGAAGCAUGCACUUGCCUAAGCAACCCCUCUGGGCUGCCAGCUCCCACUGACUCUGCAAAGCCAAGGUUUCAAGUUCAGCUUUGUUCUGGCAGGUUAGCUCUCUAUUUACAAGGGGAGGUGGGGGGGGGGGGGG